GGCCGUAGCUCGCGUACCAACAAGAAAGUAAACAAAAAAAAUGGCUUUAGAUUUUUCCGCUACGUAUAAACUGUUGGUCUUAGGUGAUUCUAACGUAGGUAAAACGUGUAUAGUUCACAGGUACUGUGACGAGAGGUAUUAUGAUAUUUACAUAUCCACAAUAGGAAUAGAUUUCAAACAAAAAAUAAUAAACUUGGACGGUGUACCUAUUAAACUUCAGAUAUGGGAUACCGCAGGUCAAGAGAGGUUCCGCACACUGACCACUGCUUAUUACCGUGGAGCUAUGGGGAUUAUACUCAUGUACGAUAUUACCAAUUUGGAGUCGUUCAACCAUUUGUCAUAUUGGCUCAGGAAUAUACAAGAGUACGCGUCUCCAGAUGUCAUUAAGGUGCUGGUGGGCAACAAAUGCGACGUACACGAAAAUCACAGAGCCGUUCCCAAGGAUAGAGGUCAAAAGAUUGCGGAUGACUUCGAUAUGCCGUUUUUCGAAGUGUCUUGUAAGAACAACAUAAAUAUAGAGGAGGCUUUCUUGACGUUGGCCAGAAAGAUCAGAGAGUACCGGGAGACGAAGGCUGACGCAUUUGAAUUGAAGGAAAGAGACAACGUCGUCAAGCCUUCGGUUUCUGAAACUGACGCAUCGAAAUGCAUUUGUUAGCCUAUUGUAGUUGUUCACGGUAGCUGAUUCUUGUCUGAUUCCAACGCAGUCGUGUUCACAUGUUAAAUUUUCAUCUCCUACAUAUUUACGUUACCGAGUACUCGAAGAUUGCGCAAAGAGUUGAAUAUAGAGCAAUUUUUUUAAAUAAAAUAUCGAAAAUUUAAAUGUCAUCAUUGUUACCGUCUACUUUAAAAAACAUAAUCGAGGUGCUUAAUUGAAAAAAAAAACAUGCUUACUUGCGUUUUGUUGACAGUAGUUUUGCCUUACGUAGGCAUAGGUAUUAUUACGUAUAUAUAUUUAUUUAAUACUGAGCAAUACAAGAAACAACUAGAAUGCCUAUUAAAGAAGCGAGACGCAUGCAAUAAAUAAAUUAUUCUAAAUUAUCAUUUAACUUUCCAGGCAAUUAGCUAUUGAUGGUGCUAAAGAAGAUUCAAAUUAAUAGACGUUGUUGGAUAUUAAAACAUUCUCAUAGAGUAGGUUUUAACUACUUGA